AUAUGAGCCUAAAAUUCCGGCAGCAGAGAGCUUUUGUCGUCGCUUCUUACAGAAACCACUAAAACUGCCGAGGAGAGAGAGUAAAGAAAUGUGCAUAGGAGUGUUAGGUUUGAUCCCAAUUGCAUCACCAGACAGUCUAAAGAAAGGAGACGUAGUGGAAGAUCUCGAGAGUCUACAAGUGAAGCCCAUGAAAGGUGCAAUGACUAACGAAGUUUUCAUGGUGAAUUGGCCCACAAAGGAUAACAAAUUUCACCACAGGAAGCUUCUGGUUCGAGUCUAUGGCCAAGGAGUUGGUCUGUUCUUUGACAGGAAAGACGAGAUUCGUACGUUCGAGGUUGUCUCUCGAUACCGUCACGGUCCUAGACUCCUUGGCCGAUUUGCUGGGAGUAGAAUAGAGGAGUUUAUCCAUGCUCGGACUUUAUCGCGUGAACCGGAAGUAUCUGCUCUCGUUGCGGCAAAGAUAAGAGAAUUCCACGGUAUAAACAUUCCCGGAGAUAGAAAUGUGUUCCUAUGGGAUAGAAUGAGGAAUUGGCUUGGACAAGCCAAAAGUAUGUGUACAGCUGAAGAUUCCGCAGAGUUUGGUCUACACAACAUCGAAGCUGAGAUCAACUUGCUGGAACAUGAGCUACUGUAUUGGGAUUAUAAGAAGCAGGAGAUUGGGUUUUGUCACAAUGAUUUGCAGUAUGACUACGAGUACGCUAGUUAUAACCCAGUUGCUUACGACAUAGCAAAUCACUUCUGUGAAAUGGCGGCAAAUUAUUAUUCUGACACUCCUCAUAUCUUGUUUUACACUCUCUACCCUGGAGAAGAAGAGCGGAGGAGAUUUAUCCAUAACUAUCUCAGCUCUUCAGGCUAUGAACCAAAGGAAGAAGAUAUAAAACAGCUCUUGGAAGAUGCUGUGAAGUAUACAUUAGCAAGCCAUCUCUUCUGGGGCUUAUGGGGAAUCAUCUCUGGAUAUAGGAACAAGAUCGAAUUUGAUUACGCAGAGUACUCAAGGCAGAGAUACAGACAAUACUGGCUUCGAAAACCCCAAAUCUUGCAAUCAAACACCAAA